AACUACUAUCUCCUCUGUAAAAUCCCAAAGAACAGAAAAAACAGGAAGAGGAGUCGGGAAGAGAAGUCAGAAUGGAGUUUGCAGAGCUGAUCAAGACCCCUCGAGUGGAUGGAGUAGUCCUGCACAGACCUUUUCUGCCUGUUGUGGAGGGCACUCUGUGUUUAACUGGCCAUCAUCUCAUCCUGUCUUCACGGCAGGACAACACAGAAGAGCUCUGGCUGCUCCAUGCUAACAUCGAUGCCAUUGAGAAGAGGUUUAUUGGAUCUCAGGGCACAAUUAUUGUGAAAUGCAAGGACCUAAGAAUUAUCCAGCUGGACAUACCUGGCAUGGAGGAAUGUCUCAACAUUGCUAGCUCUAUUGAGGCAUUGGCCACACUCGACUCUGCUGCACUGAUGUAUCCGUUCUUCUACCGGCCCAUGUUUGAGGUCAUAGAGGAUGGGUGGCAUUUGUUCUCACAAGAAGAAGCUUUCAAAGACCUAGAAUCAAUGACAGAUGAAUGGAGACUCAGUGAAGUAAAUAAAGACUUCACCGUUUGUCCCUCCUACCCUGCAUUGGUGGCUGUACCCAAGGACGUAGAUGACGACACGUUGUGUAAAGCUGCUACUUUUCGGCACAGUGGACGUUUUCCCGUGCUCAGCUACUACCACAAGAGGAAUGGCAUGGUGAUGAUGCGAGCUGGACAGCCUCUGACUGGAACGAAUGGGCGUCGUUGUAAGGAAGAUGAGAAGCUGAUUAACGCUACGCUUCGUGCAGGAAAACGAGGUUACAUCAUCGAUACACGCACUUCUGCUGUAGCGCAACAGGCUAAGGCUCGUGGAGGCGGCUUUGAGCAGGAGGCCAACUACCCACAGUGGAGAAGAAUUCACAAAGCUAUUGAGAGGUACAAUAUUCUACAAGAAAGUCUGAUCAAACUAGUGGAGGCAAGUAAUGACCACUCAAACAGCAUGGACCGCUGGCUUAGCAAACUGGAGGCCUCCAACUGGCUGAGCCAUGUUAAAGAAAUCCUCACCACUGCAUGCCUGGCUGCGCAGUGCAUCGACAGAGAGGGUGCAUCAGUGCUGGUCCAUGGGGCGGAGGGCACAGACUCUACACUGCAGGUUACCUCUCUAGCCCAGAUUAUUCUGGAUCCAGGAUGCAGAACAGUUCGUGGCUUUGAGGCCCUUGUGGAGCGUGAGUGGCUGCAGGCAGGUCAUCCGUUCCAUCACCGCUGUGCCCAGUCAGCAUAUUCCAAUGGGAAGCCUAGAAAUGAGUCGCCGGUGUUCCUGCUCUUCCUGGACGGUGUGUGGCAGAUCCUGCGCCAGUUCCCUUGCUCCUUCCAGUUUAAUGAACAAUUCCUGGUCAUGCUGUUCGAAUAUGCUUAUGCGUCCCAGUUUGGAACCUUUUUGGGAAACAGUGCAGCUGAGAGGGUGAAGCUGAAACUUUCUCAGAAGACUGUAUCCCUGUGGUCGUGGGUGAACAGGCCUCAGGAGCUGGAGCGCUUCCUUAACCCACUCUAUGAGCCUAACAGUCUCGUCAUCUGGCCAUCUGUAGCCCCACAGAGUCUGAUGCUGUGGGAGGGUGUGUUUUUACGCUGGAAUCGCUCGACCAAAUGCUUGGAUGAGGCCUAUGAAGAAAUGGUCCACAUUAUUGAAUACAAUAAGGAGCUGCAGAACAAAGUCAACAGCUUGAGGAGACAACUGGCUCAACUAGAGACCGAGAACAGCCCUCUGCAAAGUCCCUAAGAAGUAUGUCUCAAGUCUGGGAAAUCAUGAGAGAACUGGACUGUUUGGAGUUCCUCUUGAGCACUACUGAAAUUACUCUGAUAAGUGCAUGUAUGUACACACGUCCGCACCCACUCUUCCUGCUUCGUUAAUUACUUCUGCUUCAAAGUCUGAAGUGUGUUUUUUUGUUUUUAGAAUGUGUUAUUUCUUGUCUGGCUUUCACUUAGUGCCAACACAGAUGCUCGCUCACUCACUCUGAAAGAGAGGCUGCACUAAACAACAUCAAAUAAUUAUAUAUAGGUCAAGGACGAGCAAUGUCUGUGUCCAAACCUAUUGUUUCUCUUCUAGUUUUUCUUUCUACUAAUCUAUAGUAACCCCUUUGUCUUGAUUAGGAUCAAGGUGAGUCUGACUGUACCCAGAAACACUGGUCGCAGUCUAUCACAGGGCACCACACACUUACCAUUUACAUUUUCAGCAUUUAGCAGACGCCUUUAUCCAAAGCGACUUACAUUACUGUUACAGUAUACAGUCUGAGCAAUUGAGGGUUAAGGGCCUUGCUCAAGGACCCAACAGCAGCAACCUGGCAGUGGUGGGGCAGUGGUGGGGCUUGAACCAGCGACCUUCUGAUCACUGGGUCCAGUACCUUAACCACCUUUACCCAUUAUAUUUACUCACUCCUUUAUUCCUUGGGGUAAUUUGGAUUAAUCAGUCAACAUUUUGCAUUUUUCUGGGAGGAAUCCAGCAUGGAAACAUGCUAAACCUCCUACAGACAGUGCCCAGGGGCAAGGUUUGUACCCGGGUCCCCAGGACCCUAGUACUCUGUGGUACCAACAUUACAUGCACAGUGAUGCAGUUUCUAUUCUCAUUGUCAAACAUACAUCUUAGCAAGUCAACAGAGAAAAUGGGCUACAGCUUAACACAGAUGUGUGAAGAACAUACCAAACUUAUUACCGAAGUUUAUCAGAGGCAAUGUUAAAAUUUGGUGCUGUGCAGGAAUCAUGUUAUCUGUACUAGCCGCUCUCUGUGAGACUAUCUCUGGCAGGCGACUGCACGCGUGUCGUAAGUGUCCCGUCAUAGUCUGGGGCUCUACUAGGCCAGGGAGGGAUGGUGCAAGGAGUGGCUGAAGUUACAGUCAGGGAAUUGGAUAUGACUUUUUUAAGUGCUUUCGGAUACUACAAUUAUGUCUCCUGUUUAAAAGCAUAUAUAAGAAGUCAUUUCAAAUUGCUUGCCAUUGACCCAUAUAUGCAAAGCUUUUCAAUACACUGAAUAUUAAUAGCAACCUGGCUUCUGUGAUAAGCAGGUAGUGGUGCCUAUACUUAAUAGUGCAAUUGUGUCCCUUGUUUUAGAGGCAGUAGCUACUGACAGUCUAUGUUUAAAGCACUUUGCUCCGUCUUCUGAAAUUCUUUGUUGUAGAAGAGCAGUGAACUUCACAGUAUGAUGUGAAGUAUUCUAAAAGGGAAACAGUACACAUACUAGUUAGGGAGGACAGAACUGUACAGAUAAACAUAUGUUUGUGGCCUUUGCAGCCUCUGCUCCAAAGCAAUGUGCUAUUCUCAGUGUGGAUUAUUUUCCGUGUAAUGGUGAUCAUAUAAUUAUGAACAAUCACCCACUGAGAAAAGGAAAUGUGAACAAAAGUGCAAAAACAUGCACCCUCAACGAAGUGUUACAGUCUGUCACAGUAGAACCACGGUUCUUUCAUAAACAUUUGUAAUAAAAAGGGAUGUAAAACAAUGCUUUAAAGUGGUUUGUUAUGGAAAUUUUUUUUUUUCAGUUUUACUGAAACAGAACAAUACUAAUGCUAAAUAGCCUAUUUCAGGGUACAGAUCAAGCAUGUUAGUUUGUGCUCAUGCAGCCAACAUAAAACUGUAGGGCUGCACAUGAGAAACAGAAAUUUCUUUUCUGAUAAUCAAGCAAAUACUAUUACUAAAUGUUAUAAUACUCUUUACCAAUGAGACAAGAUGAAAAAAGCUUUUCUUGAUUUUAAUAAAAGGAAAUAGAUCUACCUACAAACAGAAAAAAACGAAUCAUUCCAAAGUCAAACUGUUCUAAAUCGUGUUUCAGAAAAAACCUACUGACUAACAAAGCAUCUGCUCUUGAAUAAUAGCUUGCUAGCAUGUUUGGAUUUACAUUUAAUCAUUUUGAAGUUCUCCAGAAUAAAUGCAACUUAGAGGCGCCCAGGUGGCGCAGCGGGAUAUUCCGCUUGCACACCAGCACCGAGUUUCUGAACUCCUCGGUUCGAAACUCGGUGUUACCACCGGUCGGCUGGGUGCCAUCUAGCGGGCAUAAUUGGCAGUGCCUGCAGCAGAUAUUAAUUGGCCACUGUAUCUGCAGGGUGGGGGCCAGACUAUGUG